CGAUUACGAACGUCACCUGUCUGAUUGUAUUUUGGAAUUUUGGUAAUAUUUCGAUCAUAUCUUUCUCAUGAUGAAAUAUUGAACUCAUAGCAAUAAAACCAUGAUGAAUAGUUUUUAUUCAUAGCAUACAUUGUUCAGCUUGCCCUAGAAUACUUUUAUUUCUAGAUAGUUGAAGCAGAGUCCCCUUUUUGUGGUGAACAAAACAUCCAUUAAAAUGCCUCAGAAUGAAGAUAGAAAGAAAGUUCCCAAAGAUUUUUAUUUCCUCAAAAUUGUCGGAGAGGGCAGUUUUAGUACUGUUUAUUUGGCAUUGGAAGCGGAGUCUAAAAAGGAAUAUGCAAUUAAAGUCUUGAAGAAGAGACAAAUAAUUCGUGAGAACAAAAUGGAAUAUGUUAAUAGGGAAAAAAAGUCAUUACUCAAAUUGGGGGGAUCAAAAUAUUUUGUUCAUUUGUAUGCAACUUUCCAAGACUCGGAGCAUCUCUAUUUUGUUUUAUCAUAUGCUAGAAAUGGCGAGCUACUGAACCACCUCAUUCGUCACAAGUCCUUCUGCCUUGAAUGGGUCGAGUUUUAUGCUGCAGAAUUACUUCUUGCCCUCGAAUACAUGAAAUCAAAGCAUAUCAUUCACAGAGAUUUGAAGCCAGAAAAUAUUUUGUUCGAUAGAAACUGGCACAUAUUGGUGACAGAUUUCGGUAGUUCGAAAAUUAUCGGAGAAGAUGACACCGUGCAACAGCCUAAUGACUCUAAUAAUUGUAGACGAAGGAAGAACAGUUUUGUUGGGACUGCUCAGUAUGUGAGUCCGGAAGUGUUGCAUGGUGAGAAACCCUCGUAUAGUGCCGAUCUCUGGGCUUUUGGUUGUAUAAUAUAUCAGAUGAUUGUGGGACAAACUCCCUUCAGAGCGGGGAGUGAAUAUUUAAUUUUCCAAAAGAUAACAAAUUUAGAUUAUGAAUUUCCUGAAGGUUUCGAUGAGACUGCAAGGGACCUCGUGGAAAAAUUGAUAGUUAUAGUUCCUGAAAAUAGACUGGGGGCAAACGAUUCCACUUCCUACUCGAGUAUACGUGAACACUCGUUCUUCAAAAAUACCAACUGGGAUGACCUCGGACCCGCUCCCGCUCUAUCAGAUGGCUGUGAUAAAGAUAAAGAUAAUUUUGUGAUUCCCAAUGGCCUGGAGCCAGGACUCUCGGAUGAAAUUUUAGCUCAGUUGCACCUCAAUAUGCUCUCCUUUCCCUCCGAACCUGAAGUUGUGAUGCACGAACCUCCAGUUCGGAAAAAAUCCGAACCUAAGAGGAGGCUGACCGAUCUUACUCAGGAAGAGAUUGAGGAGCGGUUGAAGCUGCAGAAGGAUGACGAAUAUUCUUCUUUCGUCGAUGGAAAUUUGAUACUGAAACGGGGAAUUUUGGAGAAGAAGAAGGGAACUUUUGGUUUUGCUAGGAAACGUAUGUUUUUGUUGACUUUCGGACCUCAUUUGUACUAUGUCGAUCCUAGCACCAUGACUUUGAAGGGAGAAGUACCUUUUAGCGAGGACAUGAAGACUGAAGCCAAAAAUUUUAAAGUAUUCUAUGUACAUACGCCUAAUAGGAUAUACUAUUUAGAAGAUCCUACAGGAUAUGCACUAGAAUGGUGUAAAGCAAUAGAUGAAGUUGUCACACAUUACUUUCCCAAGAAAAAUUGAUUGAAUCCUUGAAAGUGUUCCGUAUCUCUAGUUUUCAUAAUUUAUUUAUACCAUAUUUAAUUGAUACAUAUUUUUUUUAUUGUAACUUAUUUGAACUUUUGUUGAUGGCUAACAUACCAACAAUUAAAGAGUAUUUAGCCCA